AUGACAAAAGCAUAUGACAAUCGUUACUGUUUGAAGGCCAUGCAAAUUUUCAGCAACCUUUCAAUACAUGACUCAUCUUUCGAACAAUAUAAAAAUGGCCCGAGGUAUAACAAAUACUCAACUAGUUUGAAAAUUCCAUGCGAGCAAUCUACUGUCUGCAAACGUGUGACAAAAGCGCAACUGGUAGCAUGUCAUUUUGACAAUCUUGAAUACCUAGGUUUCAUACUAUAUGGGCAAAUUAAUCUAUUAGCAAUUUUUAAUAAGCCACUUGGUUACUUACACAUGAAUCCUUCAUGGAAUACAUUUAGUUCUGUCCCAUAA